AUGUCGUCAGCAGUAGCUAUUGGCGCCGGUGUUGCCGUCGCCGCUUUCCUAGGUCGCGCCGGUCUGGUAGCAUGGCGCCGCUCGCGCGGCGGCGUUGGCGCCCUCGGCAAGGCUUUCUACAAGGGUGGUUUCGAGCCGCGGAUGAACAAGAAGGAGGCUUCGUUGAUUCUUUCGCUCAAUGAGCGCACCAUGACCAAGGACAAGAUCCGCAAGGCCCACCGCAACCUCAUGCUUCUCAACCAUCCCGAUCGCGGCGGCAGCCCGUACCUGGCCACCAAGGUCAACGAGGCCAAGGAGUUCCUUGAGAAGAACGUUUAAAUGAGCUUUGGUCAUGAUCGAUCGACUGUUUCGAUGCGAUGCGUAUGAUUUCGAUCUCGACGGGGAGUUGACGGAAGGCCUCUUACACGAACGAUAGUACAGACAUCACAUCCUUGCAACGCCACUCUCCACUCGAGUUCGUCUGUUCCAA